AUGGCGAAUCAAACACCAUACAUCGGUAGCAAGAUUAGCUUGAUCUCGAAACUCGACAUCCGUUAUGAAGGAAUUCUUUACACCGUUGAUACCAACGACUCGACCAUUGCGCUUGCAAAAGUGCGAUCUUUUGGUACUGAGAAAAGAGCAACCGCCAAUCCAGUAGCCGCCCGAGAUGACGUGUACGAGUACAUCAUUUUCAAGGCUAGCGACAUCAAGGACCUUAUCGUUUGCGAUACUCCCAAGAUGGCAACAAUUGGCGGAGGAUUGCCUUAUGAUCCGGCCAUUAUUUCCGUUUCGUCUCGAUCUGCGCCGGCUUCUGAUGGCGCCCCAGCUGCUUCUGCUGGAUCUUCGCGUGCUGGAACUCCAUCAAGAAACAGCCCAUUGGCUAACAUCGUCAACAAUCGUGGGGGUAUGAACCGUGGUGGUUUCAACCGUGAACACCAGGGAAACAACCGCGGGUACAAUAACUACAACAACCGUGGAGGAUUUGGAUACAAUCAGCGAGGACGCAAUAACUACGGUGUUCCGAGAGUGAAUCAUCGGGAGAAGCUCAAAUUUGACUCCGACUUCGAUUUUGAGAAAGCCAACGAGAAGUUCCAAGAAGUUUUGUCGGACAACUUGGAAAAACUGAAGAUUGAAGACGAAGUCAAGAAGGAGGAGGCUGAGCCAGAGGAGAAGGAAGUUUUCUAUGAUAAGAAGUCCUCGUUCUUCGAUAACAUUAGUUGUGAAGCUCUAGAAAAGGCUGAAGGAAAGAACGGCCGUCCAGAUUGGAAGAAAGAACGCGAGACGAACCAAGAAACCUUUGGCCACAACGCUGUUCGCUCUUUGAACUAUCGCCGUGGAUAUGGAGGACGCGGACGUGGUGGAAACCGCGGUUAUGGAGGAUACAAUAACUACAAUCGCGGAGGAAACUACAACCAUAAUUACAAUGGUGGAUACCGUAACUUUAACCGCCGUGGAUAUCAACAACGCGAUCAACCUCAACAACAACAACAACAAAAUGCUGUUUCUGAAAAUUAG